AUGGACAGAAUCAGUCACUUACCUGAGGAAAUCAUAUCGAAGAUAUUGUCUUUUCUUCCGACCAGAGAUGUAAUGCGAACUAUGUUUUUGUCUAAAAGCUGGAAGUCUCUCUGGAUACUGGUACCAAGAGUUGAGUUUGAUGAUGUCACUCACUUUAUGUGGGGUACUUCAAGGCCCUCUCAUUAUGGAAACUUUCGGCGGUUUGUGGACAGAUCUUUGCUGUCACGCGCAGCCGCAGGCCAAGUUCUUCAAAGUCUGUCUCUCAAAUCACAUCACAAUUUCACACACGAUGAUGUUGAGAUUUGGCUCAGAACCGCGGUGAAACUUGGUCUAAAGGAGCUGGAACUCGUAAACUUUAUUGAUUAUCGUAGUCUUGGUCUAAAAAGUAUAUACACUUGUGAAACGUGUCGGCUUGUGGUCUUGAGACUCGAAAACUCUACUUUGCAUGUUCGUGAUCACCUUUGCCUAAGUUCUCUGAAAACUUUAUCCCUCAUAUAUAUGACUUACUCUAACCCCAAUUCUCUCCUUAGAAUGUUGCCUAGUUGUCCUGUUCUUGAAGAAUUGUUCCUACAGCAAAGAUCCUUUCUGGCCAAUCCUCCGAGUUAUAAGAUUAUAGUGCCUUCUUUGAGAAGAUUAUCUUUGAUUUUCGAAGGUUAUCGAUCCAAAGGAGAUGUGAAUCUUGUGAUAGAUACUCCUUCCUUGAAAUCCUUGCAAAUUGUAGAUCGUUCAGGUAGCUUUUCAUUUAGCGAGCCAAUGAACAUCAACCAAGUGCUGAAAGCCAAUAUUGAUGUUAUUCUCAAGCGUCCUGAGAAGCUUCUGCAUUCUCUUGCUUCAGUCGUGCAUAUUCGUUUAUGUUUAUCAGCUUCAGAGGUGUUUUAUCCUGAUGGUUGUUGCUUCCAUAGACUCAAACAUUUGGAGGUAUGUACAUGCAAAUCGGAGCGGCUAUUACUAUUUACGCGUGUGAUGCAAGAUUCACGUUUAAAAGUUAUCACAAUCAACCAGUGUCAUCCUGUUAUAAAUCCACGGACUCGUCACUGGAACCAACCGGGCUCUGUUCCAAGAUGUUUCUCCUCAAAUCUUGAAAUCUUUGAGUGGAUAAAAUACGAAGGAAAACAAUACGAGAAGAAACUUUCGACGUACAUCUUGAAAACAGCAGUUUUGUUAAAGAAGGCGAGUUUCACCGCUAGAUCCGAUGAUUACAAGGAGAAACUGCUGAUGAUUCAGGAGUUAUCUUUUUCACAAAGGGCUUCAUCCACUUGUGAGCUUGUGUUUAACUGA